AGGUAAUCUCGCGAUAACAGCACAGAUCUUGUUCUAGGAAAGGAGGGAGUUCGAAGUUGUGCUAGCUAGCAGUUGUUACUAUCUAUAACUACCUAACUAGUCAACUUUUUAAACGUCAAGUUCCAAGAAGCUACAGCAACCUUGUAAACAGUUGACCACCAUGGACAUUGAGGAUGACACGACGGUGUUCUCCACUCUGAAGUCCUUUAAGAGUUUCAUCUCUCUUCCGGACACGUCUCGGAACCAGGGAGAACCCACCCCGGUGCAGAGCCACGUCCUACAGAACCAGUACCUGCAGAGAUUACAGUUGCUGGAGGCAGCAGAGAAGGUGCAGUCUAAAACCCAGCUGAUCCAGAUGGACCAGGAGAAGAGACAGAUGGAGAUCAGUCACAAGAGAGCACGCAUCGAACUGGAGAAGAACGCUACGCUGAGCGCUAGGGACUUUGAGCGUGAGGUGGACCGUAACCAGGACCUGCUGGGACGAAUCAGACGCCUGGAAGAGAGGGAGGCGGAGUCUAGCCAGAGCCUAUCGGAAAAGGCGGAGGCAAACCGUGCUCUACAUCGGACCCUGGAGUCUCUCAACAGAAGGGUGGAGGAGAGGGAUGGAUGGCUCAACACCUCUAACCAGACGGCGAGCGGUUUAAAGGAUGAGAUCCGGGACCUGAAGCAGCAGGUCCAGACGCGGGACAACACCAUCUCUAACCAGACACUGGAGAACCAGGGACUACAGGAACAAGUGGAGCUACAACACAGGAAGUACCAGGAAGUGUCUCAACGGUGCCAGGCCCUCCAGUUAGCAUCAUCCACCUGCUCCGACCACGAACUCAAGAUUAAGGAGUUGGAGAGGAAGUUGGCUCUGCAGGAACAGGAUGUUGUCAUAGUGAAGAACAUGAGGUCAGAGGUCGCUAGGGUCCCAGAUAUGGACAAGGAGCUCCGACAGCUAAGAGAGGAGAAUGUUUACCUCAGGGAGACGAGGGAGAACGUGAUCCUGCUGAAGGAGGAAACGGAGGGUUUGAGACGUAAGGUAGAACGGAUGGAGAAGAUGAAAGAGGAGAUGGUGAACGUGGAGCUGGAGAAGGAGAAACUGUCUCAGAAACUGCAGGCCUGGGAGAACCUGGGACAGUCUACUGGACUCAACAUACGGACACCAGAGGAUCUGUCCAGAGAGGUGAUUCAGAUCCAACAACGAGAGAUCGCUGUCAAACAACACAACUACACUCUCACCAGCAGCUGUAGGUCAGUGGAGCGGUCUCAGGCUGGCCUCCAGGGGGAGCUGUUGUCGCUACGUUCUAAAGCUCUGGAAGAACAGAAGAAGAGAGAGACCCAGGAAUCACUGGUCAGACGACUACAGAAGAGAGUGUUGCUGCUCACCAAGGAGAGGGAUGGGAUGCGUGCUAUCCUGGAGUCCUAUGACAGUGAGCUGUCUUCUAGUGACUACACUCCUCAACUCAGCCGCAGACUCAGAGAGGCAGAAGAUGUACUGACCAAGACUCAGAACCACAAUACAGAGAUGGAGGUUCUGUUGACUAAAGCCCAAGAGGAGGCUGGGGCCCUCAAACUACAAGUACAGACUAUGGAGUUGGAGCUGGAGGUUAUGAAGAAGCAGCAAGACUCCGUCGCCGAGGGCAUCCCCUUAGCAACGAACGAGGAAGUCAACACACUCCGGCUGAAGAUUGAGGAGUUGGAGGGAGAGCGACAACGUCUGGAAGAACAGAACAAUGUUCUAGAGCUGAGGCUGGAGAGACACAACUUACAGCUCAAACUGCACAUGCCGUGUUUCACUUCCUGGAGUAGCUCAAACUGCACAUGCCGUGUUUCACUUCCUGGAGUAGCUCAAACUGCACAUGCCGUGUUUCACUUCCUGGAGUAG